GUUACCUAGGGAAUGCUAAAGCACAGUUGCAAGCCGAAAGCUACGUAAUGGCAGUCUAAGAAUACAGCCAAAGAAACUUAACACGUUCAAACGAAGUGCUUGAUGCUUCUGAAGGCAUUCUUCAACGAUUCAACAGGUCAUAGGAUGUUUCUAACUUGAGCAUUCAUCAGACUCACAGAACUCUAACUGAUGUUUGAUUUCAAACGAUAUUGUGGUUCCCAUCAAAAUCAUGUCACAAACGUGUAAGAACCGCUCACGCUACAAUGGCCGUAGAGCAGUUCUUGACAUGGUCAUGGUGCGUUUUCAUGUACUCCCCCCUAAUAACAUCUUAUUUAGUUCUAUCCAUUUAUUCGUCGAUGUAAUUGUAAGACACCUUGACUUGGGCCUAUCGAGUUUAUCUUUGCAGAGAGCCUUUGACUAUCAAGCAUCUCUCACACCCCCGCGCAAAGUUGUCCCACUUCAUGUGUAUUCCUCAAUGGCAGGUUGGCAACUCGACAGAGAAAACAUGCUCGAAUUCUGCGUGGAAAACUGCGGGCAAGUACAACAACACCAUCUAAUACUAGCGAUAUGGAUGGCAUUGCUAGCUAGCAAUGAUUCAUAUCUGAAGUCCGCCGCUGGUAUCAUAAUGACUUUGGAUUCUGUUAGAUACUCAUCAGAUACUAUCUCUGGAAAAUAUGAUGAAUCCUAUGGAAAAAAAAAGUCCGGAAAUGUAUUUGCGUUGAAGUCGUGAAAACGAACGAGGGAAAAUGGGAUAUGGGUGAAUGAAGGAAACAAUGUUUUUCUGAAGAUAUAUUUGUAUAUCUGUAUUUGGUCUUGAGAGUUGAGAUUUGACCUGUGAGAAUUAGAUAAUCUUGUUUGUGACUAUUCCUCAUUCCCUAAGUCGCAGUCAUGGUCAUGGUCGUGGUCGUGGUUAUUGAAGUGGGGUGAAAUCUUGGCCGGUGUUGAGAUGAUGAAUUUGCGUAAUGAUGAAUUUGAUGACCAUGGAGAUGUAUGGACAUGAAUUUAGGUGAAUGUUCAGCUGUAUGAACAUGAGAUAGAUUCGCAGUACCUAGAUGUAGUAGAAUAGUGAAGUAGACAUAAGUACAGACUAGGAAGGAACUAGAAGAGAGAGAUGUGAAAGUAAGUAAUAGGCACUUCCUCCAUACAACAUAAACAUAAACAAGAGCAGGAAAAACAGUCCCCCCGGUUGUUUAUUUAAUGUUCUGGAAUCAGUAGACCUAAGACAAGAGGUUGAGAUACCCUCAUUCUAUUGCUUUCUGACUCACUUGCUAUCUUGAUGACUGUCGGUACGGUACGUAUUAGUAUUAUACAUAUCUAAUCUUAUACGCA